AUGGUCACUUCUGAAGCUUCGCAAGAAGCGCUUAGUGUCCCUGAGUCUGCUCCUCCGCUCUCCUCUUCCUCCUCUUCGUCCUCUCCGCCUCCGACUAGCUCCCCGCUCAAGCAGCUCAAGCACACAUCUGUCAGGCCCUUCCCUCGUCUCGCGUCCAUCUCCAAGAGGACGAGGCCCUUUCCUCGCAAGCUCCUAGUGCUGGUGCAGGAAGAAAUCGAGCGCUUGCUCCUCCUACCCAGGUCCUCAGGUUCAGGCCAUGUGCUGCUGUUCUCUCAUCUGACUAACACGUCUUUCUACCUCGAUUGCUUCAUGGUAGCAUACGCGCGACAUCGGCUCAAGAUCGCGCGCAAGGCGAAGACGAUGUUGGUAGAGCCGCAGGCGCAUGGAGGGCUGAAAAUGCUGCAGGCUGGAGGCAAGAGGGAGGAGCACAUGGCGUGA